GGUCCAUACAAUGCAAGUGAAUGAGGUCCAACACUUUGAAACUCCAAAACCACAUAAAGUCAGCAUAAAAGUAAUCCAUAAAACACCAGUGGUUAUAUCAAUGUCUUCUGGAGCGAUCCAAUUGGUUUUGGGUGAGAACAGACCAAAAUAUAACUCCUUUUUCACUGUAAAUCUUGACAGUAGUCUCCUUGGUGAUCAUGAUUUCAAGCUCGAUUACACUUCCUCUGUGCCUGCGUCAAGCGCUAGGAAGUGUAAUCGAGCUUGAAAUCAUGAUAGUGCCUAGUGACUGCAAUGACAAGAUGUACAGUGAAAAAUAUUUUGGUCUGUUCUCACCCAAAACCAACUGGGUCCCUUCAGAAGACUUAACCACUGGAGUCAUAUGGAUUACUUUUAUGCUGACUUUAUCUCCUUUUUGGAGCUUUUGGUGUUCUGGUCACCAUUCACUUGCAUUGUAAGGAUCUACAGAGCUGAGUUAUUCUUCUAAAAAUCUUUGUUUGUGUUCCGCAGAAGAAAGUCAUACACUUCUGGGAUGGCAUGAGAGUGAGUAAAUUAUGAGAGAAUUUUCAUUUUUGGGUGAACUAUCACUUUAAUGCUAAAACAAAGAGGUUAGACCUAUAUUUUCACAGGUUUAUGUGUGGGUUUUUUUACAUAAGAAAAUACAUACAAACAUACUGUUCUCAUAAAGGGCUUAAUUAAUUUGCAUUGUAUACUACAGUAGCCAUAACAAUUACUUGUACAUACAUGUAUAUAAAUACAUAAAUCUGUUCACUUUGAAUAUUAUACUGUAGUGAAAACUAUUUUGAAUGAAAAACGAAAAAAUGUAACCCCAAUCUUUAUAAACAUGUUUAAUUGAAUAAAAUGAUUUUUUUAUUUAUUUUUACUUUCCUUUUUAUAUCAUCAUGUGAGCAAUCACGGGACUAAGUUUCCAUUUCAAGUCAAUGGCUUUGGGAUUCCAGAACAAAAUAGUUUCAGUUAUGUCAGAGCCACUCCUCCACAGAAGGUCUGGCCUGUAGGUUUGUCAAGUCAAGUCAUUCUCAUAUUCCACUGUCACAACAUUCUAAUCAUAAUCAGCAUUCAGCUGCAGUUACAAAUCAUUGCAUCUUUAAUUUUCAUUUAUUUUUUUAUUCCAUUAAAGUUGUACAGAGGAUUAGGUUAUACAGCUGUCUCUUUUAUUUUAUUUGUUUUACCUGUGGACAUUACAUUGACCAUUUAAUAUUCUGGAAGAACCAGGACUGGAGAUAAUGGCACGAAUAAGAAAGGCUGAAGAAAGCCAGCUGGAGGUGAUUCUCACAUGUUCAGUGUGUGAAGAAAUUUUCAAGGAACCACACCAGUUGGAGUGUGGCCACAGCUUCUGCAUGCAGUGCAUAGAGGGCAUGCUGGAACAUGGGCAACCAUCUCCAAUGUUUAACUGCCCAGAGUGUAGAGCGGCCCUGAAAUGGCCACUUUUUCUCCAGAAAUGCGAUACACUGAACAAGAUCACACAGUACUUCAAAAAGAAGGACUCUAGUGUGGUCCCCUGUGAUUUCUGCCCUAAUGGGAAAAAAAGAAGUGCCGUGAAAACAUGUCUGAAAUGUGAUGUAUCGCUGUGUAAAGAGCAUCUCCGUCCCCACAAGGAGCGCAGAAUGCUUCAGGAACACCCACUGAUUGACCCACAUGAUGAUUUAACUAAAUUCACAUGUCGUCUGCACACAGAACUUGUCAUGAAAUAUUGCCCCAUGACUAGGCAAUUUGUUUGUCAUGUGUGUAAUAUGGAGAAAGAGCAGUGCAUUAAAAUAGUUAAAUGGUCUGAGAAUCUGGAGAACAAACUAAAGAAAAGCACGGACAAGCAGUUCGAAGAAAUGAAGAGAAAUCUUCAACACUCAGUGGACACCGUCAGGCAGCUGACAGGGGAUAUUGAAAACAUAGUGGGGAGGAUGGAACAAAUGUCGCUGAUGUACAAAUCUAGUGCUGGUCUUUACCAAACUAGUAUUAUAGGAGCACUGCUGUUCACCAUACUUAUCCUCUGCUUUUAUGCCUACAGUUACUCUUCAGAAAGCCGAAGUCUGUCCAGCACUGUGCAAAUUCAACAAACACAACUUCACAAGCUUCAUAUGCGUAUAAGUGACAGCCAAUGUUUUGUGCCUUCUGAAGACAUUGACAGGCCAUCUGACCAAGCGAGAUCUGUGGCGAGCUUCAUGAACAAAAACUCAGCCAACCCUCUGCUCCAAGUUUCUCCAGACCUGCAGUCUGUAGAGCGGGUCACCAACAAACUUUCUCUUCUUCCACACCCCUCCCGUUUUGAUGAGCUCCCUCAAAUUCUGACCAUGCCUUGUUUCUCUGAUGGAAAACACCACUGGGAGCUUGAAGUAAAAGGCUCUUGGGACAUUGCAGUAGCCUUUCAUAGUAUUUCACGGAAGGGAAAGAGUGGAGCUUUUGGAGAUAACAAAAAAUCUUGGUGCCUCACACAAAAUAAAAUGGGUGACUUGUUUGUGUAUCACAACAAGAUGCAACGAGAAGUGUCCAAGACAUUAAGACGAGACCGUGUUACAGUGGGUAUUGAUUUUGUUAAAGGAACCAUCACAUUCUCAGAGGAUGGUAAUGGUCUUUUGCACAGGUUUGGGUCAGCCCAGUUUACUGAGCCAGUUUGCUUAGGGUUUGCACUAAAGUAUGUAGAACCACAGAGUAAAAUUACUUUGUUGCGCUCCUGGUAGUGAUAUGCACUCGUGUCCUAUGUGAGUGUACAUGUGAAUGAACAUGAUAUAUUAUGUUAGUAAUAGAAGGGAUUGGAAGAAAAGAUUAUGAUUCUAUCAUAAAUACAAGUUGCAAUCAGAUCUUAAUUUAAUAAUGCAAUGUAAGCGGUCUCUGCUAAAUAUCUUAAAUGUAAAUGUGCACAGCUGAGAUUUUAAAACUUGUGAAGUAAUAAAAUGGGUUAAAGGAAUAGUUUCAAAAAUAUAAAUUAUCUCAUACUCACCCUCAUACCAUCCCAGAUGUGUAUGGCUUUCUUCUGCUAAACACACAAAAAUAUUUUUUUUAAGAAUAUUUCAGCUCUGUAGGUCCAUAAAGUGCAAGUGAAUGGUGACCUUUGAAGCUCCAUAAAAUCAAAUAAAGGCCACAUAAAAGUAAUCCAUAAGACUCCAUUGGUUAAAUCCAUGUCUUCAGAAGCUAUAUGAUAAGUGUGGAUGAGAAAUAGAUCCAUAUUUAAGUCCUUUUUUUACCAUAAAUGUCCACUUUCACAUUCAAAGUAAGAAUGUGAUAGCGAAAGUGGAGAUUUAUAGUAAAAAAAAAAAAAAAAAAGACUUAAAUUUCAUCCACAAUUAUCAUAUAGCUUCUGAAGAUAUUCUUCUAAAAAUCUUUGUGUUCUGCAGAAGAAUGUCAUAUACAUCUGGAAAAUUUAAAUGUUUGGGUGAACUAUCCCUUUAAGCUUGAAAUAAUUAUCACCAAGAAGACGGCAGAUGUCAAGAUGUACAGUGAACAAGGAGUAAAAUAUUUUGGUAUGUUGUCACCCAAAACUGACUGAAUUUCUUCAGAAGACAUGAAUUAAACCACUGGAGUCUUGUAUAUUA